CAGAUUCAACUAAACUCUGAGAAGUAGAAGUGUCCGUCUGUAUCUUUUUGGUUUCUGCUAUCUAAACAAGAUGAUGGAAGGUCAGCUGCUGCUGUUCACAGGACUGAUGAUCAUCACAGCUACAAUCCAAAUGUGUGUGUAGGCGUCAGACAGUUGCCGUGAGGAGGUGGCUCGUCUGCAGGAACAGGAGAAGCUUCUGAAGGGCCAACUUCAGAAACAGGAACAACUCCUACGCAGAUUACAACUGCUGAACCAACCUCACAACAAGGACAUACACAUGUCCGACCAGAGCCAGGACACCCAGUAUGCAGACUGCUCUCAGCUCUUCAGUUCUGGCUCCAAGUCCAGUGGUUUCUAUGGAAUCAGACCCCACGGCAGCCCUUCGCCAGUCAGAGUCUACUGUGAUAUGAGUGACGGAGGCGGCUGGAUCGUGAUUCAGAGACGGAUCAAUGGAACAGAGAAAUUUAACAGGUGUGUCACUCAGCCCAUCUCAACGGCAUGUACUACCCCAACGGGCACUACAGUGCGUCGACAGAUGAUGGUGUAGUUUGGUACACUUGGAGAGGCUGGUGGUACUCCCUGAAGACCAGCAUCAUGAAGCUGCGGCCCGUCGACUUCAAAACCGAACCCAUUGAUGACCCCAAUGCUGUUUAUCGCAGACCACCUUCCUAGAUCAGACAUGAGCAAAUUUCAGAUCUUAUUGGCUUGACUAUUUUGGGAAGAAACAACUUGGAAAACAUGUAUUAAUUGGUGUGAAACAUAUGUCAAAUCCCACGUAAGCACUAAUUACCCCCACUGACACCUGGUAACAAAUAUGCUUCCUGUGCUAUCAGAUUGUAUCUGGAUGGAGCAAAGUAAUAACUACGUAAAGUAAAUAUAGCCAAGAUUAACCAAAGAUUAAAUCACCCAAAUGGUCAUGAAUGAAACUGUACACUUUAACGAUAUAGUGAAAUCUUUAAAGGCUUUAGUAUCUUAAACGGUGACAUGCUUAUUAGGGGACUUGUGAAACCUACUGCUUGUUUUAGAGACAUGAAUGUUGCAAGGGGAAGCAGCCUGCAAACACAGCUGUCUGUUUUUGUGGAGAAAAGGGAAAUCGGGCGUCAGUGUGAGUGCCAGACACAAGCAGAAACAUUGGACAGAAGGCGGUGAAAGGAGCCAUUAUCAUGUCAUUGAAAAUGGCUGUAAUAAGAUCUGGAAAUGUGUGCGUGUGUGUGUUUUUAAAUAUUAAAAUGUGAUAAAUGGAGAAGCUGAGCUCAGUACUGGGAGUUUGCCCAAAUGUAAUGUAACAUAAAUUGCCUAUAUAUCACAAACAACUGAAUGAACUGAAAAGCAAUGUACACGUCAAUAGAGUUAAUUCUUAAGAUGUUACAUGUGACGAAGUAAAAAAAAAAAGAAUAUAAGGGAUUCCUUUGAGUGUUUCAGUAUACUCAGUACUUCAUCUCACACUCACACAUUAUAUUAACAACUCAGCACUUGUGAACAUACAUCCAGCUCUGUCUCUGCCG